CGAAGGCUGGCGAUGAUGAAGGCGUCACUGCUUCGGUGGCCUCCUCUGAGGAAGCACCUAAGGAGGCGGAGAGCAGUGCCAAGGGGGAGCAGUCUUCUGCUAUAGGGCACGUUAAGAAAGGGGCAAGUCUACGAUAUCGAUUGGCUGGUACCAAUGAGGACAUCACUAAAUGGGGCAUGGAGUUUAUGAAGACCAUCUCAGGGGAGAUAGCGACUGAGUACCAGAGUCGCAUGACUGAAGGCAUGGACGUUACUGAGCUCAUAAGGCUGGUGGAUCAAAUAGUCCCGUAUAACAUGAGCCAUAGUGCGGAGACUGAGGCGGUGGACCUCCUGGCUGAGACUGAUGGCAUCGACAAGCUACCUGAGUUGGUGGAUAGCGUCACGGCUCCGAGGGUCUGCCAGUAUUUGGUCGGCUUGGCCCAUUUCGCUGCCAACACGGAGGAGAGGAGGGUACUUCUCAAUGUGACGUAUCAGAUUUUCACGCAAAUGAAGGACCUCCCCAGUGCUCUGAUAAUUGCCAUGAGAAUGAACAAUUUUGGUAGAGUUCGUGAGACUAUGAAGGCUGCCAUUGAUGUGAAGGAGGACAGGUCCAUAGCCCGACAAAUGUGUUAUAUAUAUGCCCGGUCCUCGGGUAGGGCCAGUGGGGGUGCGCUGCAGGCUGCUGAGGAGUUGGGUCUAGACGAGGACGAGGACGCUGAUUUGAUAUCCAUCUUGUCUAACGAAAGCCUCUCUACUACUUACCAUAACCUGGCCAAGGACCUGGAUGUAGUUGAAGCCAAGGCCCCAGAGGACGUGUACAAGACUCACCUCGAGGAGCGUGGGAGGAACCCUGCCACUUCUGUGAUAGACUCGGCUAAGCAGAACCUGGCAUCGACCUACGUCAAUGCCUUGGUGAAUGUGGGCUUUGGUACGGACAAGCUGAUGACUGUGGAAGGCAGUCAAUGGCUUUAUAAAAAUAAGGAUAGAGGCAUGCUGGGAGCGGCGGCAUCAUUAGGCUCUAUCAUGUUGUGGGAUGUGGAUGAGGGUCUCGCACAGAUCGAUAAGUAUCAAUGGUCAGAAAACAUCAACGUGAAGGCCGGCGCCAUGCUGGGCUUCGGCUUGGCCUCGACUGGUGUUACUUCCGACGUUGACCCCGCCUGGGCCCUUCUGGCCGAGCAGUUGGAUAGUAACGAGCCCCUUGUCAAAAUGGCGGCGGUGAUGGGCCUCGGCUUUGCCUAUUCUGGGUCCCGCCGAGAGGACCUUGCCGAGAACCUCACCCCCAUCGUGGUCGACACUGAGGCUGGCUCGCUGGCCCUCUCCGCUUUGGCUUCUUGGCCUUGGGCAUCCUCUAUCUACAGUGCGGGUCUGUCCUUCCAGCGGAAGGGGGCGACAAGGCUAUGCCUGACCGCAGCCCAGUGGAGGAUUUGUUGGAGGAGGUGGAGCAGAGCGUUAAGGAUGAGAAACUCCGUAGGUGUCAGUCGAGAAUUGAAGGGGUACAUAACGUGUCCAUCAGGGAAGCUCUGCACUGUUGUGGUGAAGUCUUGCGGGUAUGCUGGCAGUGGAGAUGUGCUGAGGGUCCAGGAGCUCCUUCAUUUGUUGGCGGAGACCCCUGACACCAAUAAGCAGGGAGGAGGGGAUAAUGCUGAUGGUCAAGCGGGGGGGACUGAGGACAACUCGCCAGAUGAAGUUGAUGAUGACGUUGGAGAUGACGCUAAGGCUGCGGCUGAACGUGCGGCCCGGUACUACCAAGUAGCCGGCGUGCUCGGUAUUGGCCUCAUUGCAUUGGGGGAGGAGAUCGGCACUGAGAUGACUGUACGAGCGAUGGACAAUAUACUACAGUAUUGCCCUCCUACCAUCAAGCGAGGAGUGCCACUCACGUUGGCUAUGCUGUUCGCGAGUAAUCCCAAGUACACUAUUAUAGACACCCUCUCGAGACUGUCCCAUGACGCUGACAAUGAGGUAGCAGAAUGUGCUAUACUCAGCAUGGGUAUUGUUGGCGCUGGUACGAACAACUCUCGUUUGGCUGGUCUCCUUCGUCAACUUGCUGCCUAUUAUGCCAACAGUCCCAACGCCCUCUACGCUACGAGAAUUGCUCAGGGGAUGCUAUAUUGCGGAAAGGGUUUGGUGUCCCUGAGCCCACUUCACAGUGAUCGCUAUCUGAUCAACCCCACCUCCCUUGCCUCCAUGCUGGUAGUCCUCUUUGCUGGUGCUCUCAACAUCGAUAAGACCCUCUUCGGCUCACAGUAUCACUUCAUGCUCUACUACCUCGUACCCUGCAUAUACCCGCGUAUGGUGGUCACCCUAUUGGAUAAAGAAGACGGCAGCGAGCCCGAGCCUAUCAGUGUCCCGGUUCGAGUCGGCCAAGCUGUCGAUACCACUGGUAUUGCUGGUAAACAGGCGAAGGCCAUCACUGGUUUCCAAACCCACACUACUCCGGUGUUGUUAUCAUGCACUGACCGUGCCGAGCUAGCGACCGAGGAGUAUAUACCAGUCACCAAGGUUAUCGAGGGAUUUGUUAUCAUCAAGAAGAAUAAAGACUUCAAAGCAGAGGAAUUGGAGGCACCACGAAAGUGA